AUCGAGUUCGACUUUGGUUCAGCGACUUUCGAUUACCCUAAGAUUUCGUGAGUCCCUUAACCACCUGAACUCAAUCGCCGGCCUCUGCCGACGUUAAGGUCCCUCACAGAUUCCAAGCAAAGGGUGUAUUUGAAUCGAUUAUCUAGCACAAUGCCAUGAACAUGCCGAGAAUAGGUGGUUCCCAGAGAGGUUUUAAGACCCAGCUCGAGGUUUCAUUUCGCGUAUCCCGGGCUUCUUUAGACCCCUCUGUGAGGACCCUGCCCCGGCGUGUACCGUAAAUUCCGGUGGAUCUUGGAUCCUCAUCUUGUUCAGUUCCUCAUUUAGCCCCGCAUAAUAAUCCGAGACAUGCAGUCCCAACUUCCACGAGUUUGAACUCCUGUGCAGGCAACGGUAGCUGCCUGGAUUUGGGGGAAAAUGCGUUAUUUCUCGGUUCUUGCCUCGCUGGUGUCCGUUUGUGCCGCUGUUACCAAACGCGUGGUGUCAUACGAGGCUCCCGUAAAUCAUGGAGGAAGCCAAUUAACCCGCUCUGGUGAACCUCUCAACAUUAUCAUAUCUGCACUAUCUUCCCCUCACGUCUUGAGCACAGUUGGAGUGGAAGAGUGGGCAAACUCGAUACAUUUCUCCAAGGAAUGUCUCGGCUUCCAUAUUGGUGAUCCUCAGACGGCCAACUUGGGGGAUGGACAAGGUUGGGUAACUGAGACGGCGGUCAUCAGGUAUGAUUUUGGCAUUGGGUAUAACGUUGGAUCCUGUCUCGAGAGCCUCACAGGUGGCGAUCAUUUCAGGUUUUGGCAGCAAUCGACCACGGGCGCUAUCUUCCUUGCGGCAUCUGUCGAAAAAUCCCCUAGCGAACGGCAUACUAUCGCAGCGAAUGGAUACGACGACGUGGGCUCCAUUCCCUGAUUCUCUACGUCUCCUCAAUGGUCAUUCAUCUCUGAUCCGUUUCACAGGGACGGGAUCGAAUCGUCAACGCAUCCACUUCCAAGGCAACUCACCACAAAGGUCAUACACCACGUCCGCCGAGUAUGUUUCAG